AUGCCCGAGUUAGAAAAAAGAAAAGCAGAAGAAUUGGCCCUCGUUCCAUCUAAACGAACUCGCCAUGAAAUUUCAGUUGUCGGCACAAGAGAAAAAGCUGUUGUUACUACGUCUGUUCCACGAACGUCGAACUUAUAUGCACCUAUAAUGUUAUUGGAAGGACAUCAAGGGGAAAUAUUUACAUCAAAGUUUCAUCCGGAGGGCAAACACUUGGCCUCUGCUGGAUUUGACAGACAAAUCUUUCUUUGGAAUGUAUAUGGGCAGUGUGAGAAUGUUAUGGUAAUGAAAGGUCACACCGGUGCCGUAAUGGAACUGUGCUUCUCACCGGAUGGUUCACACUUGUACAGCUGUGCCACAGACAACUCCGUUGCCGUGUGGGAUGUACCUACUGGUACGAGGAUAAAGAAGUUAAAGGGACAUGCAAAUUUUGUUAAUUCAGUGUCAGGUGCAAGGAGAGGUCCAGAACUGCUAGUUUCUGCUUCAGAUGACAACACAAUAAAGCUAUGGGAUGCAAGAAAGCGUAACCCUAUAGCUUCCUUCGACAGUUCCUUCCCCAUCACAUCAGUUCUAUUUAAUGAUACCGCAGAAAAAAUUAUAUCUGGAGGUGUUGACAAUGUUAUCAAAGUGUGGGACAUUAGAAAUAAUCAGAUUGCAUACAAGAUCAAAGGACAUUCGGAUACCAUAACAGGCAUGUCAUUGUCCUACGACGGUUCUUACCUGCUGUCCAACUCGAUGGACAACACGCUGAGGAUAUGGGACGUACGGCCCUUCGCCCCGUCCGAACGCUGCGUCAAGCUCAUGUCGGGCCACCAGCACAACUUCGAAAAGAAUUUACUCCGAUGCGCGUGGUCUCAUGAUGGCUCUAAGGUGGCAGCAGGCUCCUCGGACCGGUUCCUCUACAUCUGGGACACUACAUCUCGUCGGGUGCUGUACAAGCUCCCCGGACACAACGGCUCCGUCAACGAUGUGGAUUUCCACCGCACAGAACCCAUAGUCCUGUCUUCGUCUAGCGAUAAACAAUUAUACCUUGGAGAAAUAGACAAUUAG